AAAUUGACUAAGCCAAACUAAGCACCAGGGCAGUCGCAUUGGGACUUUCGAUCUGGCUGCCCCACAACAACACUCUCUUAUAUUACUGCGUACCGUCCCAAACCUCGGCGUCCCGCCGGCCUCGGCCGGGGAAGCUCCGUCACAGAUCUUCACGAACCCAGCCAUCACUUCACGAUAACUCUCACCAGUGACUUUGGGAAGCUAUGCCGGAGCCAGUCCAGCAUCAGACUGUCGGAUCACCGGCGCCAGAAAAGGCCCCUGAAGGAAAAGGCUUCGCCAACCUAGACCCUUCAUACGAUGCCGUCCCGGACGCCGGCCUCGAUCCCGUCAUGCCGACCCCCUCCGACGACGCGCUGGAACGCCAGAUCCGCCGCAAGGUGGACUUCCGUCUUUGCACCAUCGCCGGGAUCCUCUGCAGCCUGAACCUCCUCGACAGCGGCGUCCUCUCCAGCGCCGCCGUCACAUCGAUGCUGUCCGACCUCGGCCUCGACCAAGGCAACCGCUUCUCCGUGUCUAUCUUCAUCUUCACCAUCUCCAGCAUCGUGUUCCAGCUGCCCUCGACUAUCGCCGUGCGCAUUCUUGGCCCGCGCGUCUGGUUCAGCGCCAUCACCUUGGCCUUUGGUAUCAUCACCCUCUGCACCGGCUUCGUCCGCUCGUGGCAACAGAUGAUUGUGCUGCGGGUCUUGCUUGGCGCGGCCAUGGCCGGCAUUUUCCCCGGUCUCUCAUACCUCAUCAGCACGUGGUAUCCGCGCAGAGAGCAGCAGCUGCGCUUUGCCUUCAUGCAAAGCGGCGAGGUCAUCAUUCUGGCGACUGGAAGCCUGGUCAACUACGGCCUCAACCGUCUGGAUGGCCGGAGCGGUUUGGAAGGCUGGCGCUGGAUGUUCGUCGUGCAGGGCCUCUGCACCUGCGUCAUUGGGAUUGUGACGUACUGGUGGAUGGUCGACUUUCCCGAAAAUUCGCACCACAGCUUCCGGUUUCUGUCCGCUGAGGAGGCCAGCAUCGUGUCGAAACGGAUCCAGACCGAUCGCGGUGAUCUCGUUGCCCAAGAGUUCGCCAUUGGCAAGGUUCUCGUUCAUGCCAAAGACCCCAAGGUCUGGGCCUUUGCUUCGCUGUUCUUCUUGCAGAACAUCGUCUCGACUGCGCUGGCCUAUUUUGUACCAAUCAUCCUGGAGAAUGGGCUGGGAUACUCGUCCAACGCCGCCAUCAUCCUGUCGGCGCCGCCGUACUAUUACGCCGUACUGCCCGUCUUGGUGUCAUCGUGGUUCGCCGACAGGUUUCGAAUUCGUGCGCCGGUUAUCAACUUCAACGCGCUCUGUCUCAUUACAGGCUUUGCCGUCCUUGGUUUUGCUCACAACUCGGGGGCUCGCUAUUUUGGUGUGUUUCUCGCCACAGGGGCCUAUGUGGGGAACUGGGCGGCCUUGACGGCCUACCAGGCGAACAAUGUCGUCGGACAAUGGAAGCGCGUGUUUACUGCAGCAGCUUGCACCAUGUUCAAUGGCGCUGGUGGCAUUGCUGGGAGCUUCAUCGUGCGCAGUUUUGAGGCGCCGACUUACACCACCGCUGUGUGGGUUUCCAUCGGUUCUCACAUUCUCAUGAUUUCCGUCGUUGCUGCGCUUUCCUUACAUUUUUACUUUGCAAAUACUUCUCAGAGUCGGAGGUCUGGCUUUCUGGAAAACACAGAGGGAUUCCGGUUCACUUACUGA